GGGAAAAAAAGGUGUGGAGAAUAGGCAACCUCAUAAAUAAUAAAAGGGCAAAUCAAGGGUAAAAAUUUCUUCAACACCCACCAACCAACCCAAUUUUGCCUCCUAAUAAGAAUAUAAAAGUGAAAGCAAAGCAAAGAAAAAAUAAAUAAAAAAUAAAAAAUAAACGUGUCACAUUUUUCUCUCUUCUUCCCAACACUUUCCUCUCGCCAAUACGUAUAACCCCACUGUAGCCUAACAUUUGGCACAUUUGUUUCUAUUAUUCCCAAAGCUGCAAAAAACAAUCCAAAUUGGGCACCAUGGUUUUGGCUUCUCAAAACGAGCUUCCUCUUAACGAGAACGACUCACAAGACAUGGUGAUAUACCACGUCCUCAACGAGGCCAUGUCCCUCAACUCCCCCUUCUUGGCCGCAGCCCAGAGGAUCCACCACCAAUCGGGCCCGACCGGCCGGCCGCUCGAACCGGUUAGGACGAUGGUGAUGAAGAAGAAGCAGCAGCACUACAGAGGCGUGAGGCGUCGGCCUUGGGGCAAAUACGCAGCGGAAAUCCGGGACUCGGCACGGCAAGGCACGCGCGUCUGGCUCGGCACGUUCGAGACCGCCGAGGAGGCCGCCCUCGCCUACGACAGAGCCGCCUUCAGGAUGCGCGGCUCCAAGGCUCUCCUCAAUUUCCCCGCCGAAGUCGUCGCCGCCGCAACCGCCGCGAGUUAUAGUACUAAUAACAAUCCCCUUAAUGGAAGCAGAGUCGAUAAAAACGCGACGAGAAAUAGCGCUUCUGCCGGUUCCGCGCCCAGUGCUUGCGAGUCUAGUACUAGUAGUAGUACGAUCAGUGUUGAGACCGUGUUGCCGGAGAGCGGUCGGAGCUGGGAGGAACAGGGUGGUGAAAGCGUUGUCAGGAAUUAGUUAUGUGUUUUGGAUUUGUCUCCGAGACUAUUAAAGAAAAUACCUUGAAAUCUUUUCUUUUUACUCUUGUGUGUGUACAUAUAAGUUAUCUUAGCUUGUCAGUUUUGUGUUGAGCUUUAUAUUGUUAGAGAUUGUCGUAGAUCAGUUAUGAAACAACUUAUGUACCGGAAGAGAGUACAUUAUUAUUGGUUUGUAAUAAAAGGAGCCAGUAAGGCCAGAGAAAUGCAAAAUGGUGAUUUUUCUUAUUAA